AUGGCGACGGUAAUGCUGCUGAGAGCUUGUUCCAGAGGUUCUAGAAACCUGCUGCUUCAGAUGAGAGCCCUGCCACAAUGCCAGAGCCAAGCUGUCAUUUCAAAACCAUUCACCGCCAGUCCUGCUCUGGCUACAAUUGAAUACUUCAGAGCUAGAAGAGGACCGUUCACUCCCGAGGAGAAGAGGGGGAAAAAUCACAUAAUGACAGCAUCCACCCAUUGGAAAGUUGAAAGAAUCGUUGCCGUGGCAAUGGUUGGAAUCAUGCCAGCAGCACUGUUUAUUCAGGGUUCCACGAUGGAUCAUCUGUUGAGCACUUUUGUCUAUCUUCAUGGUUUCUGGGGAAUUGAUGGAGUCCUGAAGGAUUACAUGCUGAAGUUUGUUCCCUGGAUAUGCAAACUGUGGUAUCUUAUUGCAAUCGUGGGAUUUGCUGGCCUUGUCAACUUUAAUUACAAUGAUGUUGGGGUGUGCAAGGCAAUUCAGAUGAUUUGGUCAUUAUGA